UAUUUAUUUCAUUUUUUCUAUCUUAGUCUUUCUUUUUUCUUUUUUUCUUUUAUACAACAUGUACGAUAAAGAUUCUUUAGCUAUUGUUUCUUCAGUCUUGUUUCCUCAAACACCUAUUGAAGGAUCUUCGAUGAAAAGAAGAAAAUUGCCUGGUGCUUGGAUAGACGAAGACGAAGAGGAAGAGCCUUUUGAAAGGACAGUAUCUCCUACAGCACCCAAACUAACAACACAAAUCUUAUCGAAUGAAGAGGACAUUCACCUACUGAAACAGACGAUUGCUAGUUUAAAAAAGGAAAAAGAAAAAUUAGAAGAAACAAACGAUAUUGUCAAAAAGAGUAUUCAAAUUGUGGCAAGGAAAAGAUUAAAAGCACACAAUAAUAAGAAAAUCAAACAUACGACGGCUGAUAAUGACCAAGAAGAAGAAGAAGAAGAAGAAUAUAUCGUAGUACCAAAUGACUUGAUGCCAACACAAGACGAACUAAAGGCAGCCGGUAUUGAUGGUUGGGAGUGGAUCACUGCAUAUUAGUCCUCCCUAUAUCAUAGGAUUGAAAACGGACCUUGGAAGGGCGUUUUGUGUAACAAGUUGCAUGAUGAAAACAAACGCAUAAAAUAAACCAUUUUUUUUAAAAAAAGAGGGGAAAAGCAAGAAACUCUCUAGUCUGUUCGCUUACUUCC